AUGCGCUCGUUCGCUCUCCUGUCCGCAGCUGCGGCUCUUACACUCGCUUCUCCCGUCCCUCAGGAGCUUGACUUCUCUUUGGUCGACACUGUCGAGACUCCCUCCAACGUCACCAUUCCUUCCAACACCGAUGAGCUGAUUGUCAAUUACAACUCCGACUCUGCUGCUACUGCCGUCAAGACCUCCGUCUUGACUGGUCAGACAGAGAUUGAUGUCUCCAACAGCACCACCAACAGCACUAGCUCUUCCACUCUUCAAAGACGUGGUACCUGUGCCGUUCAGGCCACUGGCUCUGGUCCUGUGCCUUCUCCCGACACUGCCUCUUCUUUCCUUUCCUACUCUGCCUUUGCCAGCGCUGCUUCCGCCGCUGCCACUCCCUCGGGCUACACCCAGGCCUUCAAGAACUUGAACGCUUCCAACAACGCCUACGGCUACCUCGGAUUCACCAACCUCCCCUCAUACGACUCCGAGAAGUGCGCUGCCAAGUGUAACGCCAUCUCCGGCUGCGCUGCCUUUAACCUAUACUACGAGCGUGAUCCCUUAAAGGACCCUGGCACUGGUUUGUGUUUUCUGGGAGGUCCAGUCACUUCUGCCAACGCCAACAACGCUGGACAGUGGAGAAGCAACUUCCAGGUCGUCAUUGCUGGUUCCAACGGAUACGUCAACAACACCAUUGAGCCUGCUGAUGGCUUCAACUCUCCUGCCUACUAUGGAAACACUGCCAUUGACGCUCCCAACGACUGCAACGGCAAGGACACCCUCCUUGGUUCUAAGGUCUUCACCGGUGGUCCUUUCGAUGCCAACCUCUGCGCUGCUGCUUGCAAUGCUCAGUCAGCCACCAACCUGAAGGCCAACUUGCCCACUUGCAAGUUCUUCAACACCUACAUUCUGUCUCGCAACAACGUCGCCAUCGGCCAGUACUGCAACCUUUACUCUCAGACCUGGGCAUCUUCGUAUGCCACCUACAAGGGCUCUAACAGCAACAGCAACAAGUACUCCGUCUCUUACUCAUACGGUUUCUCCAGCUCCGCCGAUGCUGGUACUUGCAAGAAGCCUACUACCUCUACUUGGAUCAUCAGCUCUGCAACUGCAACUGCCAGCUCUACCGCCACCGCUCAGCCCACUUCUGCUGGAGGUUUUAUCAACUGGAAGACCUUCAAGGCUAACGGCGCUAACCUUGGCGGAUGGCUCGAGAAGGAGCAAACCCACGACCCUAUCUGGUGGGCCAGUGUUGCCAACCUCUCCACCACCCCUGAUGAAUGGACUCUCUGCGAGACCCUUGGUGACCAGUGCGGUCCUACCCUGGAAGCUCGCUACGCAUCUUUCCUCAACACCUCGACCAUUGACCAGCUCGCCUCCGUCGGUGUUAACACUUUGCGUAUCCCUACCACGUAUUCGGCAUGGGUUAAGGUUCCUGGCUCUCAGCUUUACCACGGUAAUCAGCAGGAAUACCUCAAGACCAUCACCGAUUACGCCAUCAACACUUACGGCAUGCACGUCAUUGUUGGCCUCCACUCUCUCCNNCCUGGCGGUGUCAACAACCUCGAUAUCGGUGAGGCUCUCAUGCACGACGACUUCUUCUACAACACUACCAACCUCAACUACGCCUACGAUGCUGUCGAUGCCAUCCUUGAUUUCAUAAAGGCCAGCGGUAACAUGACUGCCUGGACUGUCGCACCCAUCAACGAGGCAUCUGACAACCUCCCCGGAUUUGGUACUUCUGCUGGUCUCUCCGAGAAGGGUGCUCAGUGGAUUGCUGACUACACCACCGAAGUCCUCGCCCGUGUCGCAAAGGUCGACAGCCGCAUCCCUGUCAUGCUCCAGGACUGCUUCAAGGGUGUUGCUUUCUGGGAGCCUUACUUCGACGCUUCUGCUAACCUCGUCAUCGAUUCUCACGUUUACUACUUCGCCGCUGCUGGUACUUACUCCCAAUAUGUUGCUCCCGCCGUCUGCGGUCAAGCCGCCUUCAUUGCCGAGUCAACCAAGUUUCCUAACUUCAUCGGCGAGUGGAGUCUCCAAACAAUGUACAACAACAGUUUGGCUGUUUCUGACCGUCAAUUGAUCUUCAACACCCAGCGUUACGCCUGGGAGAAGUACGUUAGCGGUGGCAGCUUCUGGACCGCCGUUUCUUACUCCACCGCCCUCGUUGACGGACAGGGUACCCAGAGAGACUAUUGGUCGUACAUCGAUCUCAUCAAUGCCGGUGUCAUUCUCCCCGAGUCCGCAUCCAACGGUACCGCCUACUGCUAG